UCCUACUCCCAUCUCCCUCCCUCUCCCUCUCUCUCUCUCUCUCUCUCUCUCUCUCUCUCCACCAUAAGAGGAGCCACACUGUUAGGUAUGGAGGACCAGGCCCGCAUGAUGUUGGGUCAUAUCGGAUUAACUGGACUGCCCCACGAGGAUGUGGGGGAUCCUGACAACAUAAGGAAACAUCACAACAUGGGUCAGCCGCAGCAGGACAUCGGUGACAUCCUCCAGCAGAUCAUGGUCAUCACAGAUGAGAGUCUGGACGAGGCCCAGGCCAGGAAACAUGCUUUAAACUGCCACAGAAUGAAGCCCGCCCUGUUCAGUGUCCUGUGUGAGAUCAAAGAAAGGACAGCCCUGAGCAUCCGAGGCAUCCAGGAAGAAGACGGUCCCGACCCUCAGAUCAUGCGACUGGACAACAUGCUGUUAGCAGAGGGGGUCGCUGGUCCGGAGAGGGGCGGGGCCUCUGCAGCGGCGGCUGUGGUUGCCGCGGCAGCCGGAGGGUCCCCUGGUGAGGGGAACGUAGAACACAGCGAGUACAAGGAGAAGCUCGCUCAGAUACGACGGAUGUACCACGCCGAGCUGGAGAAAUACCAACAGGCAUGCAACGAGUUCACCGACCACGUGAUGAACCUGCUGAGGGAACAGUCCCGUACGCGGCCCAUCUCACCCAAAGAGAUUGAGCGAAUGGUGGGAAUCAUCCACCGCAAGUUCAGCACCAUCCAGAUGCAGUUAAAGCAGAGCACAUGUGAAGCUGUCAUGAUCCUACGCUCCAGGUUCCUGGAUGCCAGGCGGAAACGAAGAAACUUCAGCAAGCAGGCGGCAGAGAUUUUGAAUACAUAUUUUUACUCUCAUCUGGCAAACCCCUAUCCCAGUGAGGAGGCCAAGGAGGACCUGGCCAGGAAGUGUUCCAUCACUGUUUCUCAGGUGGCGAACUGGUUUGGAAACAAGAGGAUUCGGUACAAGAGGAACGUUGCGAAAUUGCAGGAGGAAGCUAACCGAUAUGCCGUGAAGACAGCUGUGGACGCUGCCAGUGUGUCUUCACAGGCAAGCCAAGCCAACUCCCCAGCCACGCCAAACUCAGGAGGAUACCCCGCCCAGUGUUACACUCCUGAGGGGAGGUUAUGAGGACUCGCCUCGAGGAACUCUCUUCCCUCCUCUCUGUGUCCAUGGUGAUGACAGCUGGCACCACAGUGGUUAUUCCUCCUCCCAUCUCUCCCCACCCAGAGCACCAGGGAGCUAGCACUACGUCACCUCCAGCUGAUGCUCCACCUCCACCACCCCUCCCCCCACCCUUCUCCUCAGACUAAUACAACCCAGACUGUAGGUUGACGUCCAGCCAAGCCACGAACAGAUCCUUACCAAAACUCUGCAAUUGUUCUGUUUUGCUUUGUGAUGCUGAUCGUUUUCUAACAUCUCUUCAAAGUUUUUUUUUUAAUCCCUCCACUUUACGAAUGUGUCUAUUUCUUUCUUUUUUUUUCAUUUUACUAUUACUCACACCAUUUUUCUUCUGUUAUUUUUUAAAAAGAUAAAUAAAUGAUGAAAAUAACUUUUUUUAAUGUACUACUUCACCUUCAGUGAAUGAUAAACUGUAUGAAAGUUUAGGGCCUGUGUUUCGCCUUGAACCAGAUUCAUCAUUUUAUUUCAAAGAAUUAAAAAAUAAGAAAAAAAGGACAAAAAGAAAGCAUGAAGUCAUUUUUAGAUGUUGAACUACAAUUUUAUUAUGUAUUUUUUUCUUUGAAGUUUUUUAAGAAAAUGUCACUAAGAAAAUGCAUUGAUAGAGUACAAGAAAAAACAUUUAAAUGGCAGAAAUGACCAAAAAUGAAUAAAAACAU